AUGGCACCUGGCGAACCAAACAAUCCGCGGUGUCCAGCGAAUGCUUUGAAAAAGCCGAGAUACAACUCAAGUCAAUCUUCUCGAAUGUUGUCAGAAUGGGAGAAAGCUGAAGAGGAUUGGUGUAAUAAGAAAUGUGAAUCACUUAGCCGUGCACUAAUGCAAACCGAAGUUCCUAGGCCGUCAACUAGUACCGCCGAUGAUUUAGAUUUGGUGAAUGAAGAUGAUGAACUCGAUUACGAUCAUCAGUUUCACGUUGAAGACAAUGAGGAUGACCAAUCUCCCUCCGACAUAAAUGAGUCCGAUACCAAAUCAAACGAUUCCCAGCAAUCAAUUGCCUCUAGCCCUGGCACAGGCUCUGUAGUUACUGCAGCAACUGGUGAUAUGAAUCAAAAGCGUCGAAUCCGAGAGGAGAGGCAGUGGAAUGAGGUUAUUGAACCCAUGUUCAAGGUAUUUAUGCUAUGCAAACAGAUCACUUUCAAUUGGAGUCGCGCCGAUUGGGAUUUGGAUCGAAAAGCAGAGUGUCGAUGUUCUGCCGCAAAGAAACGGACUCGGCACGUGGCUAUGCUGGAUAUCUUGAGUUAA